GCGGGGAGGAGGAGGAGGAGAGAGUGGGCGAGAGAGACCCUCCCCUCAGCCUCAGCAGUCCUCCUCCUCCUCCUCUUCUUCUUCCAGGGAGCGCCACUGAGGCUGCCUCCUUCCUUCCUUCCCUGAAUCCUGAGGAGCUUCUCUGUCCCAGUGCCUCAACCUCAAGGUUGAGCGAUGAGGGUCUUCCUUCCCUGUGAAGAAGCCCCUCCGCCUUGGAAAGGCUGAGGCCAGAAGGGAGAGGCCCCCUUCCUUCCUCCCUUUCAUUCCUCCCUUUCCCUUCAGGACGACAUUGUUCUCCUCAGCCAGCCCUCCUUCAGGUGUGCUCCUUUCCCCCACUGAGCAGUGCUAAUUCCUCAAAUAACAAAGUUGAAAGGGACCACAAGGGUUUAAGCCAAUCUCCAGCGAUUUAGUACAGAACUAAAAUUUUCUCUGAACAAGAAGAGUCUUCCACCCUCCAGAGCUAAGGGUGGAAUGUGUUAGUUCAAUACUAUGAAAUGGUCACUCUGGAUACAUGGAGUGCAUCUACUGGCAAAUCACUUUAAUGGCUCUGAAGUACCGAAGAAGCUGAUCUAAAACAAAGUACCACCAAGAUGCCCAGUGAGAGCCUCCAGACCAACAGUGGGCUGGAAGAGCCUGCGUUGAAGGAAAGCAGGGCUGGGACGCAAAGCCCUCACUGCAACUCCUUACGCAGGGCAGUGGCCACUGCAGUGACCUUUGAUGGAGAAGCCACCACUGAGAGGAGAAAGAAGAGAAAGAAAGAGCCCCGCCCAGAAUCUAUCAUAGUUUAUAGGUCGGGGAAUGAAAACAAGGUGGAGGAAGAACAGGCAGAUGAGGAAGGGGGUGAGAGAAGUUCUGAGGAAGGCUCCAAAUUCUUGGGACAUGCCAUAGGAGAUGGUUCUUGGGCUAUGCCUUUAGACAGCAGGUAUGUCACUUUAACUGGGACCAUCACAAGAGGAAAGAAGAAAGGCCAGAUGGUAGAUAUCCAUGUUACUCUCACUGACAAAGAGCUGCAGGAGCUGGCUAGAUCAAAAGAGCCUCCAAAACCAGAAAUGCCUGAAGGAAAAAAAGCUUGUCAGAUUGGGCUGGAUAAGGGCCCUCAUGUCCUCCUCUGGAGCUUUGCUUGUCUCCCUGUCAUCUUUAUCAUGUCCUUUGUGGUUUCUUUUUACUAUGGGACUAUCACUUGGUACAAUGUCUUCCUAGUGUAUAAUGAAGAGAGAACCUUUUGGCACAAGAUAACCUUCUGUCCAUUUCUAAUUAUCUUCUACCCUAUCAUCAUCAUGGUGGUUUCCCUCUCCUUGGGCCUCUACACAGCACUGACCCAGAUCUCUUGGGCCUUUGGGGAUUGGUGGCAUGCUGUGAGGGAUAUGGAAAAAGGAUUCUGUGGCUGGCUAUGCAGCAAGAUAGGCUUGGAAGACUGUUCUCCCUAUAGCAUUGUUGAGUUGCUAGAUUCUGACAAUAUCUCAGGUAGCAUGUCAGCUAAGGGUUCAGCUCAAGGUGAAGAGAUUUCAGCUGUCUGAUCCUUCCCUUGAGUGAAGCUUGACUGUUCAUGUUCACAAAUGGAAUGACUUGAGGAAGCACACACAGACAUUUAGUCUUUGGGAAUAAAAUUCUCCCAGCCAACUAGAACAUUCAGGAAAGCCACAGCGUUCUUCAUGGAAAGUGCCACUUUCAAAAUACAGGGAAGGGGAUGACGCUAUACUCCUCCUCUUCAAAAAGUACCUUUUUGUAGAAAGCAAGAAUGUCCAUGGAGAGCCAGCCUGGUUUAGUGGUAUGAGUAUUGACCAGGACUCGGGGAAAGUAAUGUUCAAAUUCCCACUCAGCCUGGAAACACACUGGAUGACCCUAGGCAAGUCAUGCUUUCAGCCUGAGAAGGAAAGCAAUGGCAAAUGUCCUCUGAAUAAAUCUUGCCAAGAAAAACCCAUGAUAGGUUUGCCAUAAGUCAUAGAUGACUUGAAGGUACAUAACAACAACAACAAGCAUGUCCAGGAGUUGAGCUCUAUCUGGUUGUAUUUUUAAAUACUUGCUUGUGUUCAACAUGAACUAGUGCAGGGCUUGACCUGCCAUUUCAAGAUGCAGGUGAAGGAACCUAUGUUUACAUGAACCAAAUAUAUCACACAUAACCAAGAAGACCAGGCUGGAACUUCUUUUUCCUGCCAUACUUGUUUCCUAUGUGCCGAUUUUUUUUUAAUGUAUCUUUCUUUAAUGAAGAACUUUCAGACAUUCAACCCCUGCUUCCCAUCCCACAGCCUGGUAUGAUUUAGUCCAAGAACAGUUUUAGUAUCCAGUUCUCCGGACUGCACGAAGUUUACAGUCAUCCCUCCAUAUUCACCUAUUUUUUUAUCCAUGGAUUCAAGCAUCCACAGAUUGAAAAUAUUCUAAAAAAUAUAAAUUUCAA